AUGAUUGCCUACAUACAACAGCGCGACACGGACAAUGACUCACUAGACACCGGAAGUCUUGUGGCUUCUAGUACCAGCAGUAUUCACAGCUCUGUCCUCCAGUAUCGACUUGAGAAUGGGCGAACUUAUCAUUCAUAUAAAGAAGGAAAAUACACCUUGCCCAACGAUGAGCGGGAGAACGAGCGACUUGACAUCCAGCAUAACAUGUUCAUUGUAACGUUUGAUGGCUCUCUGGGAACCGCUCCGCCAAAUGACCCAGACGCUAAGGUUGGACGAGUUCUUGAUGUUGGCACUGGAACUGGCAUUUGGGCCCUCGACUUCGGCGAGGAACACCCCGAUGCUGAGGUAAUCGGUGUGGAUCUUUCAGCAAUCCAACCAAAUUGCACACUGCCUAACGUGCGGUUCGAAAUCGAUGAUAUUGAAGAAUCAUGGACGUAUUCGCGGGGCUUUGACUACAUUCACAGUCGGAUGAUGACUUCUAGCAUUAGUAGCUGGAAGGAUUAUAUCAAAAAAUGCUACGACAAUCUCAAUCCUGGAGGAUAUCUUGAGAUAAACGAAGUCGACCUUAUGCCAAGGUCUGAUGACGAUACGCUAAAGGAAGACUGCGCCCUUUUGAAGUUCAGUCGCCUUUGGGGCGAGGCUGCAGCCAAGUUUGGACGUCCUUUCCUUGAGGACCUCAGCGUGUUGAGGGACGUGAUGAUGGAAGUCGGCUUCGAAGACGUUCACGCAAAGAAAUUCAAGUGGCCAUCUAACCCCUGGGCCAGAGACAAGAAAUACAAAGAGCUCGGUCUUUGGAAUCUAGAGAACUCAGUUGCUCAUUUGGAUGGUUUCAUGAUGGCCCCGCUUACGAGAGCUCACAACUGGAGCAAGGAGGAAGUUACGGUCUUCGCCAUGGAAGUACGCAAGGAAAUGAGCGAUAGAACCAUCCAUUCCUAUUCAACUAUCUGGUCGAUAUACGGAAGGAAGCCGUCUGAUAGCGAAUUGUAA